AUGACACUUCCUGACAAUUAUAAUCUUGUUCACAUCACCGAUAGAGAUCUUCUUGAUUUCACACGUAGCCAGAAUGGUGCUUCUUGGCGUGGUGUGCUCAGUUUACAACAGUAUAUAACUAGAGAAGUUGUGCUUGCAAAAUCAAAAGCCGUUAAAAAAUUGAUGGUUUUCGUGCUUGAAGACUCGACAAACAACAACAAACUUGCAUCCAUUGAGCUCUUGGUGAGAGACGCCACAAAGUUUGUUUUUAAUGGAACCAAAGCUGAAAAACAACCAGUGGAAUGUGGAGCCAUUGGAGGUGUUUUUACUUACCCACAAUAUCGAGGCCAGGGGCUUGCUCGAAUCAUGGUGGACAAGUUGAUGAAACAAGCCAAAACGAGUAUUAUGGGUUCUUCUGGUUUUACAUUCUUGUACUCUGAAGUUGGUGAAUAUUAUAAUCGCAAUGGGUUCAUUUCUUUCAGUGUUCCAUUGUGCCAUAUUCCCGUUUCUUCCACACUUACCACUUCCAUAUCAUCCAGUGAUACGAUUACGCUUCUUGGCUACCACGAGUUCAAACCUUACUUUGAACUUUAUCGUCAACGAUACGAAGAGCGAAUCAUCAACGAUGUCGAAAAGGAUCACAAGACAAGAAUAUCGCCCAACAUCACCCUGGACUACGUUGACUGGUUCCACUUGCGUGCCAAGUACAUUGCGUACCAUCUUUUUCACCAGAAACCAGCCAUUGACUUCGAAGCUGCUUCUUACGAAGAACUAGUUGAAAAAUUUCACUCUAUAACUCCAAAAGUCUUCGGACUCAAAAUCACAGAAGCCAGUACCUUGGUAGGGUUCAUUGUGUGGACAUACGACUGGAGCACCGCUGCAGAUGGAAAUCCAUCGAACACAGUGACAGUUAUUAAAGUCCAUGUGGAACCAGGUUACGAUGUCGACAUUUACACCUUGAGAUUAUUGACCCACCUUAAGAUAUUACUUGAAAAGCAAAACCAAGAAAAUGAUACAGCAACCAGUGGAUUCGUCAAGAUUGUCGUUUGGGACAGUGAUACGAGUGAAGAGGUUAGGGCGAAAUUACAAGCAAAGUACCAGGCUAAAACUGGCAUCGAUAACCCAUCAAGAAGCGCAAUGCUUUUGCACGAGCCCAGCGACCACCAGAAGUUAUGUGAUGGUGAACUCAUAUGGGAGAACAACAACAAAGUGACGUGGUUCUGA